AUGGAAAAAAAAAGAUAUUUAUAUAAUAAACAAAAAGGAAUAAUAGAAUUUAGUAACAAUGAUAAAAACUGGAGGAAAGUAAUUGACCCCAAUGAUAUAUUUAGAUUGCAUGGUUUCAUUAAGAGUAGUUUUUUUUUUAAAGGUUCGAUAAAUGUCGAAAAAUUUAUAGAAGCAAUGGACGAGUCUUUUAAAGAUUAUCAAGUUUUACUGUCAUAUAUUUACAAGGAAAGUGAAAAACCAUUUAUAUUUUUCAAAGCAGCAGGCUAUGAAGAAAUAUUGGAAAUCGAAGAAAGAAAUGGUGAUUCAAUAAACAAUUGUAAAAUAGAGGACUCUUUACCAAAUAAAAUCAAAACAAGAGAUACAGAAAAUGGUGUCAAAGUUGGUGUAUUUAAACUUACCUUAUUCAAAGAUGGCUUCAGUCUAGGGAAUGUCAUCAGUCAUGCAAUUUUUGAUCAAGGUGCAGUGUGUUAUUAUUUUAAAUAUCUAUCACAACUCUAUAAUAAUGGAAGAGGAAGAACCAUAUUGGCCAAACCUCAUUUUACAGAUUAUAGUGCUUUUAGUAUCGAGUCUAUAAUAUUUAAUGACAUGAAUGAAGCUCAAUUAUAUGCAAAUCAGAUAGGCUUUUCAUAUCCAUCAUUGCAUGCAAUAUCCGCAACAACAGAUACCCACCCCAUCCCAGUGUACAAUAUAGAAUUUAAUAUAAAUGAAUUAGAAAACUUCAAAUCAAGCAUCGAUGGUAAACAAGCUGGUAUUUCAAAAAAUGAUAUUAUCACUGCAGUUUUUUUUAAAAUGUUUGCAUCCUCAUCACAGCUUUUAGAUAGUGAUAUCUUUAGCUUAAAAUAUGCAUGUAAUAUCAGAAAAACUGCUGGUUUAGGUGAAGAGGCUUUAGGUAAUAUUUAUAUUCACUGUUGUAUACCAUUAAAAGUUUUGGAAAUUAAAGAGAAAUCACUUCUGGAAUUAGCAAAAAUCAGUCGAAAAAGUGUUUCAAAGAUAUCUGUAGAUCAUUUUAAAAAAGAUUUAAUAUGGUAUAAAUAUAUACAAGAUAACAAAAUAGAUUCUGAUGGUUAUUUUUUCCCGACACCCUAUACAACAAUUUUAUCAAAUUGGAACCAAUUCGACUAUAGUCAGGUUAGAUUCAAUGAUUCCACUCCCUAUGCUCUAAGGACGAUCUCAAUAGCUUCUAAAGGUACAAAUUUCAUAUCAUUCGAUAUAAAUAACGACAACAAAAAAAUAAUUUCAACAUCAAUUGCAGUUACAUUCGACAAUAUCGAUGCAAUCAUAGAAAUGGGUAAUAAUACAAAUUUAUUUAAAAUUAUAAAAUAA